AUGGCCACCAUCCGCCACGAGUUCUACGACCCCAACUGCGCGGACGAGCAGGAGGUCAAGCUCCCCUCCGCUCCCCGCGUCACCCUCAGCGCGAAUGCGAGCAUCCAGCCUCCCCUUACGCGCCGCGGCACUGGCCCGGGGAUGAUAAUGUUCCUCCCCUCGCCCGACAAGUACCAGGCGAAGGGGGGCAGCUCCGCGGAAGGCAUCAGCGUGCAGAAAUCCCUCGACCCCGAGCCCGUGCAGAAGUGGGCGGAGGAAGGGUUCGCGGUCGUCGGCGUGGUCGAGCCUGCUGCGCCGAACGCGGAGUGGGACGUACCGAAGGCGCUGGCGGAGGGGCUGAAGGCACUGCGUGCGCUUCCUGAGUUGGACACGCAGGACAAGUUCGCGAUGUUGGGUACUUGCUUUGCAGUGUACGAUGCGAGCAUUCUUGCAACGGUGCAAGAAGCGGCCGCCCAAUACCCCGAGCUCGUCUGCGUCGUCACAUUUGCGUCCGAAAUCCAGGACAAGUCCGCAUCAAAGCCCACCCUCUACCACCUCUCCGCCGCCGAAGCACCGACGGACACAGGCUCGGUACAAGCGCACGCAUACCCCGACGCCAAGUCCCCCUUCUUCGUAUUCCCUUCUUCGCCAGACUACGACCCCGGUAGCGCAACGGCGGCACAUUGCAAGUCGCUCGUCUUCCUGCGCAAGCACGUCGGGGGUCCGAACUUCGACAUCGAGGCGGUCUGGGACGAGCACACAUUCUUCGAGUUCGAGCUGCGUAGCGUGGCGCGGACGAUGGGGACGAUGGUGCAGGAGCCAUAUGUCAACCAUGUCACUACUGUAAGCAUGACAGGCGGCGUCGGACGAAAAGAGCUUACCGCGUUCUACCGGGACCACUUCAUCUUCAGCAAUCCGCCAGAUACGGUCAUGAAGAACGUCUCACGCACCGUCGGUGUCGACCGCGUCGUCGACGAAUUCAUCUUCUGCAUCACGCAUACCACACAAGUGGACUGGCUCCUGCCAGGCGUACCACCAACGGGGAAGAAGAUGGAGAUCCCGAUGAUGGGCGUCAUCAACGUCCGCGGCGACCGCUUAUAUCACGAACAUAUCUGGUGGGACCAGGGCACCGCGCUCAAGCAAGCCGGCUUGCUCCCCGACAUCCUCGAGGUGCCCACAGCGAACGGCCCGCGCAAGCUCAAGCUACCAGUCGCCGACGAGGCCUGCGCACGCCUACUAGUCAACGAGUCCGACGGCGUGUGCAAUGAGAUGCUGGACUGGGGGUAUCAGGAUUAG